UAAAAUUUCAAUACCAAUUUUGAGGUCCGUUAUUACAUAGGGAUUAAUAUUUUUUGUGAUAUAUAUGAAUCUAUAUUAUUAUUCCUACAUUGAUUUUGAUUUAUUUUUAACUGUGGUCUUUUAAAAGCAACUUAAUUUGAGUAAAAGAACAUGGCGUUUAUAUAGGGACGCGCCGCCUCUGCUCAGAGUGGCGGUGAGGAGCUGGAGCUUACUGUCAGAGCUACUUUGUUGUUGUUGAUGUCGUCUGCGGCUGCACUGGAAGGAAUCGAAAUUCACGAGGAUUAUAUACACAUUUAACGGAUCGUUGAACGCGUUGUAUGCUGAAAAUGGGACAAAUCCAGCACUUUAUAUUAGUUUUAUUUUUUGCCGUGGUGUUCAGUUUGGAUUUCCGCGGAAUGAGAGGAUCACGUAACGCGCACUCGGUUUAUAUGAGGACUCUUUUAUCCGCAAAAAGUCCCAUCAAAUCCGCUCCAGAUCUUUUUUCUCAGGACAGAAUUAGCAAAAGAAGACAAGACACCUGCAAUGCUCUUCAGGGAUAUGACACGAAAUUACUCAACAACACUUACACACAUAUCUUUAAUGAUCUUGGUGGAUCUGUGGCUCUGGCCUGGAUAGGAGACGGCACAGGGGUUCUACUGGCCCUGACUACAUUUCAGGUCCCUUUGUUCAUGCUUAGAUUUGGCCAGUCCAGGCUCUACAGGAGUGAGGAUUAUGGCAGAUCAUUUAAGGAUGUCACAGACCUUAUCAAUAAUACUUUCAUCAGUACUGACUUUGGGAUCGCUAUUGGGCCUGAGAACUCAGGGAAGGUGAUCCUUACAGGAGACAUCUCAGGAAGCACUGGCUCCAGAAUUUUCCUCUCCAGUGAUUUCGGGAACAGCUUCAUGCCCUCAGAUUUGCCCUUUAAUCCUCGGAUGCAGAUCAUAUACAACCCUCAGAACCCUAAUGUUCUGGUGGCUGUUUGCACUCAGAAUGACCUCUGGCUUUCAGAGAAUUUUGGUGGGCAUUGGACAAAAAUCCAUGAUACUGUGUGUGUGGUGAAAUGGGGGACUGAUCACACACUCUUUUUCUCCACUAACCUGAAUGGGUCCUGCUCCGAAAGGGGAGUGCUCGUCUUGAAGAAGACGACAGACUAUGGCCGCACUGCUGUAAUGAUCGCUGAGAAGCUGUACUCCUUCGGUCUCGGCGGGCGCUUCCUGUUCGCCUCUAUCAUGACUGGCACGGGUAUGAUGCGAAUGAUCCACGUGUCUGCAGACCAAGGGGAGGAGUGGAACAUGGCCCAGCUUCCUCCAGUAGGCCAUGAGCAGUUCUACUCAAUAUUGGCUGCCAGUGAUGAAAUGGUCUAUAUGCAUGUGGAUGAACCAGGGGAUACUGGUUUUGGUACCAUCUAUGUGUCAGAUGACAGGGGCUUGGUGUACUCCAAGUCCCUGGAGCGCCACCUGUAUACAUCCACAGGGGGUGACAACGAUUUCACCAACAUCACCUCUCUCCGAGGGGUGUUCAUGACCAGUGUGCUAGCUGACGAUGGCUCUGUGCAGACCGUGGUAACAUUCAACCAGGGAGGAGAGUGGGUGCCUCUGAAGAAGCCAGAGAACAGCGAAUGUGAUUCUACAGCUAUAGACAAAGACAAGUGUAGUCUCCAUAUCCAUGCGUCCUACAGUAUCUCCAUGAAGCUGAAUGUUCCAAUGCUACCUCUCACUGAGCCCAGUGCUGUGGGACUGAUAAUUGCUCAUGGGAGUGUGGGCGAUGCCAUCUCGGUACUGACCCCAGAUGUGUAUGUGUCUGACGAUGGCGGGUACACAUGGCUGCGUGCGUUGACAGGCCCACACCAUUAUGCCAUCCUGGACUCAGGAGGCCUGCUGGUUGCCGUGGAGCAGAACCUCAACGCACCCAUUGCUCAGGUCAAGUUUUCCACAGAUGAGGGUCAGUGCUGGCACACGUACAACUUCACGACGGAGCCACUCUACUUCACAGGGCUGGCGUCAGAGCCAGGGGCGCGCUCCAUGAAUGUCAGCAUCUGGGGCUACAGAGACAACAUAUUCACACAGAACUGGGUCUCCAUCACUAUUGAUUUUAAAGAACUGCUCACCCGUGACUGUGGUGACGAUGACUAUGUGCAGUGGCUGGCACAUUCGGAUGACAUAAGCGACCCUAAUGACGGUUGUAUGCUAGGUUAUAAGGAGCGGUUCCGGCGUCUCAGGAAGGACUCGGUGUGCAUGAACGGGCAUGAAUAUGCAAUAACCAAGCAGCACACCCCGUGCCCUUGCACACUGGACGACUUCCUGUGUGACUUUGGAUACUAUCGCAAUGAGAACAGCUCAGUGUGUUUGGAGCAGGCUGAGCUGAAAGACCACGACCUAGAGUUCUGUAUUCAUGGAAAGAAAGAACAUCUGCAGACCAAUGGGUACCGGAAGAUUCCAGGGGAUAAGUGUGAGGGAGGCAGACAACCAGAAAGAAGAGAAACUGAUAUGAGUGAGAAAUGUAUCAGCAAUUUGAUAGACCGACAGCUGCAGGAAGAUGGGACACCAUCACACUCUGCCCCUAUUAUUGCAACACUCAUCGCCAUCUUGCUUAUCAGCUGUGUAGCUGGGGGUCUUUUCGUUAAGAAAUACAUCUGUGGUGGAAGGUUCCUGGUGCACAGGUACUCAGUUCUGCAGCACAAUGCAGAGGCUAAUGGCAUAGAGGGAGUGGAUGAGCCUCUGGAUACGGAUGUGGCCAGAAGUGCCAAGAACACCUUCCACGAGGACUCAGACGAGGAUCUCCUGGAUUAAGAGUGCUGAUGCAGCCUCAGUAGGAAGAGGGAGGUCUCCUCUUUCCUUCAGGCAUAUUUGCUGCUGUUUUUGUUCUGGUUAGAAAGCACAACCCAGCCUCCAGCCUUUUCUGGCCUCCAUUGUGCUCCAGUUCUGCUUCUCUCAUAGUAGAAGUGACAUGAGUUUUGCUUUUCCCAUUUUAAAGGUAUCUUGUGAAUGUAGCUGUUUUAGCAACUGGCAGAACCAGUCUAGUGCAGUGUGGCAGGCCAGUGUUUAAAUGGCUAGAAUGUAGAUAACUUUAAAUUCAUGUCACCUGAGCAAUGGGAAUCUUGUUGGUUUAUUUGAAGGAUACGCUGUCAUUUGAUGCAAGUGAGAGUGGGAUACUAUCAAGGCACAUAUAUACAGAAUUCUUCACCUCUUUUAGAAAGGUAGACAGUUCUCUACAUUUAGACAACAUGGUUUGGGUACAACAUAUGAAGUUAAUACAUAUUUGGGUACAACAUAUGAAGUUAAUACAUACAACCAAUGAUUCAGUCACAUCAAAAUUAGACUGUAGCAUUAACUAUGGCUUUCUGAAAAUAGAUAUAUUUUGACCUAUACUGCCGCCAUCUCCCACAUUCUUGUGAAUAUCUUGUUGAAAAAUAUUUCCUCAUUUUGUUUUUGUGGAGAAAAAACAAACAAAACAACUUUGCUUAGUGACUUGAUGUCACAAUAUACAGCACAUCCGCAUGUGUUGGCAACUAUACAGAUUAUACCUUUUUAACUUUCUCCAAAGAGAGAAAUGAAAGAAUAUUGAAUUUACCUAAAACAAUGCUACUAUGUUUAUAGGUCAUAGGCUGCCAUUAUUUUAAGGUUUAUUUAUUUUAUGUGGUGGAAUGAGAAAGGUAAUUAUGAUAAAUGUGUAAAGAAUAGUUGCAGUUGUCCAAAAAAAUACUGUACAUGUCCAGAUGAUAACUUUUACUGUAAUGGUAGUUUUAUAGAAGACUCAAAUCAUUCUUAGGUUUUAUGACAUUUGGUGGUUUUUGCACUGUGAAAUAUGAGGCAGAUAUUCAAAGCCUACUUCACCCUUUGGAAAACUGUUGGAAAUAUUGCAGUUACAAGCACCAGCACAAGCCAUGAAUGCAGGAAUGACAUUCAGAAUUGGGACUGCUGGUGGCAUGUUCAUAAAUAAUUAAUGGCCCUUUACAGCAUUAAUGUGAUGGUAAUUGGAAAUUAUGGAGUUUCUGGUAACGCUUUAAGGCAGAAGCAAUAAUAGUGUCUGACUUUUACAUUUUGAGUUUUUGAGUCCAGCUGUUCAGAUUUAAUUUUCCAACUGGAAGCUACAUUAAUUCCAACAUAAGAUUAGACAUAAGUGUUUCAUAUUAUAAUUAAGUGCAGGUAUGUGUGAUCAGUGUGUGUAUAUUUGCCCCAUUGUGUGCUGCUUACCUUAAACGCAGAUAGUUGGCUCCCACUUUUAUUAUUUGAGUUUGACUGUCUAAAUGCAAGAGUACACAUUUUUAGAAAGAUUUACAAUUUUUACUAGGUUUUGAGUUCUGAUGUAGUCAGUGUUUGUAGAUAAAGCUUUCCAUAGCUUUACAGUGUCACAGUUCUGUAACAAAUCCCAAAGAAAAAAAAUUACACAUCCAAACUCCAGCACCCCAAAACAAGGAUUUUUCAGUUAUCCCUUCUGAUUAGUUAUAACGAUAAUCUUUUAUAUGUGAGAGUUAAGUCUCGAUUGCACAGAUCAAAGUAAUUGUUUUUGUUUUUUAUAUCACUGGUGUAUACUUCAGUGAAGUGCCUACUGUGAAAGUUAUGUGCGUGCGUGCAUGCAUGCAUGCAUGUGCGUGUGUGUGGCUUCAGAAAGACCCCAAAGGUUUAUCUUAAAUAAUUUACAGCAAGAAAGCUGAUAUGAGUAUCUAAUUUCUUGAAGAAUUACUUGGUCCACAGAGGUGUUGGGACUGAUUAACCUGUCAUUUAGUUAGUCUGAGUGAAGGUCUUUCAUGUAUGAAGACCAAAGGACUCCAAUUUUCAAAAGGCUGUGUUUUACCUGGCAACUGCUAAGAUUUACACAUUUGAGAUUUUGGCAAAAUUACAUUUUCUCACUCCUCUUCUAGAUUCCACUUUGAAGCUGUAAUCUUGUGUAUGUUAUUUUAGCAAACAGGUCACUUCCUACUUCUGUUACACUGAGGGCUUAAAGGGGGAAUGGUGCCUAGAGCAUAAAAUCUAGAUGAGUUUUCUACUUGAAGUUUUCUGCUUUCAUAAUUUUUUCUUGCAGUUGAAAAUCAGUGUAUAUAUUGGCUCUGUAAAUAAAUUUGCAUUGCCUUUUUAGUUGUUUUGGCUCUGUAUGUUUGGUGAAAGAACUGCUUUGACUAAUAAAAUAACUUUUU